GAGAGUAGCAACUAUUUACUCAAGUCGUGACGAAUUACGUGGUCUGCCUCCAUAUGACAGCGGCACAAAGCUAAUCAGUCUUUGAACCUAAUGCUAGUUGUAAGGCUGCUGCAAAUAAAAAGGAUACAAUGAAUGCAAAGUCAGCACACGUAGUGCUUCUGACUGGAAUCUUUCUACUAAUGUUAAUGGACAUGGCUAGUGCUGUGAAGUGCUACAUUUGCAGCUGGAAUCCAAGAGAUUAUGACAAUGAUACAUGUACAACAGACAAUUUCAAUCCACAGCGUACAAGAACAGAUGAAUGUGAUGCAGGAUGUGAGACUGUUAUCAUGAGAGACAGCAAUGGUGAUCUGGAAAUGUUCUACAGAAAUUGUUACACGAAUGGAAAUUAUAUUUACAGCAAAGAGAUGAAAAGAGUAAAUAAUGAGGAAAAAUACAAAUGCAGUUCGAGAUUAUGUAACACUGGAACAAGAAUACAACUGGCUUUCUUACCUGUUCUUUUCUGUGGCUCUGUGAUAAUCACCCUAUGCUUAACUGUGCUCAUGUGAAGUGUUUUAUAGUUAUCAUGACUGACAAAACCUCAGGGAGUCAUUCAUUUAAAAAAAUUCCAGCAGCAGCAGUAUUAAUAACUGAUUAGUCACAGUAAUUUUGCCAUUAAUUUUCAUGUUAUUUAUCUAUGAAUGUGCAUUUGAAUUUGUUAUUUAUAUUCAUA